GGAAGAUCUUUGUAAUAUCUUCAAGACUUAUAAGAACUCUCUUCCUUGUCAAGCCACGGAAGAGAAGAUAAAAUCAUGGCAAGACCACGCAUUCGUUUGGAAGACAGUCAGGAUUUGCUCCAGCACGCUGGCGAGGAGGUUGGGAGACGUGCCAACAAGAUGUGGCAUGGCUUUACCGAUUGGGCUCUUCAGGAUAACAUUUUGGAAGUUGCUGUUGGUUUGAUCAUCGCAGCAGCCUUUACUACAGUAGUGACUUCCUUUGUCUCGGAUAUCUUGCUUCCACCUCUCUCCCUUCUUCCAUUCAUCAACCGAAAUAUGGAUGAGAAGUUUGCUAUCUUGAGAAGAGGUCCAGGAUAUAAUCAGACAGAUGGAAUUGGAUACAACACUUUGCAGCAGGCAGCUGAUGAUGGUGCGGUUGUGCUCGCUUACGGAACCUUCUUCAACAAGAUCAUCAAUUUCCUUGGAGUAGGAUUGGCUCUGUACAUAAUUGCCAAUAUCUAUGAUACCAUGAGCAACGAAUCCAUCAUCAAAACCACAGUCAAAUGCAGGUAUUGCCGAAAGCGGAUCAGUGGCAAGGCAAAACGCUGCUUCAAUUGCACCAGUUGGCAAGAUGGGCGUGAGGAUAGGAUGGAAUGACUGGCAUGAUUUUGGCCCUGUAUCUUCGAGCGUUGGAGAUGUUCUCGUUUCUUUCAUGGACACGUCAAGUCUGUUCUCAUCCUCCUUCAACAUACAUCACAGCAAUGGGCGAGGCUUCUUUGAGCCACCGAAAGGCCCAUCGUGUCAGUGAGCGUUCGUUACCGCAGUCGGAUGGGAAUGUUAUACGUGCUUUAAUGCUUUUUGACCUGAGGCUGGGUCCCGCUCCGCUGGGGAAUACUGCAAGCUACAAUGUUCUUGGAUCUUGAAAUUUUACUCACAACAUUAGCAUCAUACUUUACAUAGCCAGAA